UGUGAAAGUGUCCAAAGAAAGAAGAAAGAACAACCAACAACAAGCUCAUCGUGUUUGGGAGAGAGGAAGAAGCAACCAACACACUUCAUAUCUGACGUCGCAGCACGCAACAAACAAGCAAGCAAGAUGGCAGCUCGUUCAGUGACACUGCACGAUGGCAGUGAGCACCCGAUGCUCGGGUUUGGCACGUACAAGGUCGGCUUUGUCCCGGCCAGCGCUUCCUCCGCUGUGCAGCCCAAGGACGACCGUGAUCCAAAGGAGAUUAUCAAGGAUGCCGUUGCUGUCGGCUACCGCUACUUCGACUGCGCCCAGUUCUAUGGCAACGAGGCCAUGGUUGGCCAGGCGCUCAAGGACAGUGGCGUGGACCGCAAAGAACUCUACCUGGUGUCCAAGGUGUGGUGUGACACCAUCUACAAAGGCCCAGAGGCCGUGAAGGCGCAGGUGCACAAAUGCCUUGCAGACCUGCAGACGGACUACCUCGACCUGUAUCUGGUCCACUGGCCUGUUCCCGGCAAGCAUGUCCAGGCAUACAAGGCACUGGAGGAGCUUCAUAAGGAGGGCAAGAUCAAGGGCAUUGGCGUGAGCAACUACACCAUCGAGGACUACAACGAGCUCAAAGCUGAGAUGACAAUCAAGCCGCUGGUGAACCAGAUUGAGGUCAACCCCUUUCUCUAUCGCCGCCGUACCAUCCAGUUCUUCCAAGAUGAGGGCAUCCAAAUCGAGGCGUAUCGUGCGCUGCGCAACGGCAAGGAGAUGGACAACGAGCGCAUCAAGAGCAUUGCAGAGAAGCACAAGUGCACCCCGGCACAGGUGCUGACUGCCUGGUGCUUGCAGCACAACAUCAUCGUCAUUGCAAAGUCGUCCAAGAAAGUGCUGGUUGGUGCAAUAAGGGUUUACAGCCAAUCAUACACGAUGCAAAACGAACAAACACACUGA